GAAAUACUGACAUUGUAGGUGGCAUGAAGGGCUGGUAAAAUCUAUUUGCUGGAAGAUGGUUGAACUUUCAGGUCUCAUUUCUUCUGUUUUCCCCUUUGCUAAAUAAGAGGGAGUGGGGAGUGACUAGACCUAAGAGGAGAGGAAAAGGAAGUUGUAGUAUUAACCCCUUUUUGAAAUCCUAGGUCAGCACAAAAUUUGCCAAAGGCUAAGUGGCUUCAGAUGCCACUCUCUUCCGGUUCUGGUUUCCCGCUGUAGCGUUUAAAUCUCGCGCGCUUUCCCUAGAUUGGCCACCUCUGGAGGAGGUUGGCAGACUACGUGCUGUCACUUCUCCUCGCCGACUUCCCCCGGCAAAAGGUUUUCAAAUUCUACCAAUCGCUGGGCGCGCUCCCUCAGCCGAGGCACGCCAGGGAAGGGUUAACCACAACCAACCAGAGGCGUGUAUUAAGGGAAAAGAACCAAUCAGGGUUACCACGGGGGUGUGCCCUGGGAGCUAUAAAGGCGGCCCUUAACGCGCGCGGCAGCAGUUGUGCUGCGGCGGGUUGCGUUAGUACUGUCCUUUGGAGGCGCUGCUCUUCACCGGUCUACCUCUUUCACUAUGUCCGGCCGGGGCAAGACUGGCGGCAAGGCCCGCGCCAAGGCCAAAUCUCGCUCUUCGCGCGCCGGCCUCCAGUUCCCGGUGGGCCGCGUACACCGACUGCUACGGAAAGGCCACUACGCCGAGCGGGUGGGCGCCGGCGCGCCGGUGUACCUGGCUGCGGUGCUCGAGUACCUCACCGCCGAGAUCCUGGAGCUGGCGGGCAACGCGGCCCGCGACAACAAGAAGACGCGAAUCAUUCCUCGCCACCUGCAGCUGGCCAUCCGUAACGACGAAGAGCUCAACAAGCUGCUGGGCGGCGUGACGAUCGCCCAGGGAGGCGUCCUGCCCAACAUCCAGGCCGUGCUGCUGCCCAAGAAGACGAGCGCCACCGUGGGGCCAAAGGCGCCGGCGAGCGGCAAGAAGGCCACGCAGGCCUCUCAGGAAUACUGAGGGCCCCCGCGCCGGUCCCCGGCCCUCCUCAUGCCACCACCACAAAGGCCCUUUUAAGGGCCACCAUCGCCUCACAGAAAGAGCUGAGCCACGCGGAGCUGCGGAAACGGCGGCCGCG